UGAUUCGCCUCUCCGAUUGGUAUCCUUACGCCCUCCGGUAAGGCUGCGCGGGCUGAAAAAGGAAGGAGGUCGACGAAAGAGCUAGGGGAAGAGGCGGAAAAAGCCCGGCGCUGAUUGGGUAGCCGGAAGAGAGACGUCCCUGCACGCCGCGCUCUUUGAUUGGAUAGCUGGGGAGAAAGGUUAAACCAAAAAUUUUUUUACAGCCCUAGUGUGUGUCUGUAGCUCGGAAAUUAAUUGUAGCUAAAGCCGUCUCUGCUGCUCUCAGGCUCAGCCCGGCAGCUGAUUUUCCCCCCCUCCCUUGCUCGGGUGGAAUAGGGGGGUUCCAGGCAUCAUGAAGUAGUUUGGACAGAACGACUUGGGGAUCCUUUUUUUUUUUCAAGGGGGGCGCAGUCAUAUUUUCGUGCCCUUUGGAAAAUCCCCUUUUUGAACCAUUUUGCACCCCUCCUUUUCCCCCCUCCCGUGGCUUUGGCUCUGGCUCCCUUGCUAGGAGCUAGUUGGUCUUUUCCAUCCCUUGCACAGGCGCUCCCGUCCUUGCUACAUGCCUCGCAAAACUCUGGAGCUCGUGGUGUGCAAGUGCCCAGCCGCUCUCGCCGCCUCACUGCCGCCCGGUGCUGCGCCCUCCAGGACGGACCUCGCCGCGCCGGUUGCCUCGCCUUCCUCCCGGCUGUGCGACUUUCCCCUCCUGCCUAGAGUGUGAUGUUGGACAUGGGCGAUAGGAAGGAAGUGAAAAUGCUGCCCAAGUCGUCCUUCAGCAUCAAUAGCCUGGUGCCCGAAGCCGUCCAGAGCGACAACAACCAUAGCCACCAGCACCAUCCUCACCACCAUAAUAACCACCACCCGCACCAUCACCACCACCACCACCACCAUCACCACCACCCAGCCCAGCCGCCGCAGCCUCAGAGAGCAACCCCAGCUGAGGACGACGAGGAGGAAGAAAAAAGCCAGCUUCUGCUGCAGCCCCCCGGGGUGGGGGCGGCCGCGGCCGCCGGGGCGCCGGCCCCCUCGGGCCCCCUGGAGGUAGUCAAAGGGGACCUCUUGGCCGGCAAAGGGGAAGCCGGCUCAGCCGCCGAGCUCGACGACAAGGAGAAAGGGCCGUCCGAGGAGAAGAAGGGGGUGCCGGAAGGGGCCAAGGAGGCCGGCGGCGGGGAUGGCGGGGGAAAGGAGGGCGAGAAGAAGAACGGCAAAUACGAGAAGCCGCCCUUCAGCUACAACGCGCUGAUCAUGAUGGCCAUCCGUCAGAGCCCGGAGAAGCGCCUCACCCUCAACGGCAUCUACGAGUUCAUCAUGAAAAACUUUCCCUACUACCGGGAGAACAAGCAGGGCUGGCAGAACUCCAUCCGCCACAACCUGUCGCUCAAUAAGUGCUUCGUCAAGGUGCCGCGGCACUACGACGACCCGGGCAAAGGUAACUACUGGAUGUUGGACCCGUCCAGCGACGACGUCUUCAUCGGGGGCACCACCGGCAAGCUCCGGCGGCGCUCCACCACCUCCCGGGCCAAGCUGGCCUUCAAGCGGGGCGCCCGCCUGACCUCCACCGGCCUGACCUUCAUGGACAGGGCGGGCUCUUUGUACUGGCCCAUGUCGCCCUUCCUCUCCCUGCACCAUCCGCGGGCCAGCAGCACGCUGAGCUACAACGGGAGCACGUCGGCUUACCCCAGCCACCCCAUGCCCUACAGCUCAGUCCUGACCCAGAACUCCUUGGGGAACAACCACUCCUUCUCCGCCUCCAACGGCUUGAGCGUGGACAGGCUGGUCAACGGCGAGCUGCCCUACGCCACUCACCAUCUCACGGCGGCGGCCCUGGCCGCCUCGGUGCCCUGCGGCUUGUCGGUGCCGUGCUCGGGCACCUACUCCCUCAACCCCUGCUCGGUCAAUCUCUUGGCGGCCGGCCAGACCAGUUACUUUUUCCCCCACGUCCCUCACCCUUCCAUGACUUCGCAGAGCAGCUCUUCCAUGACGGGCCGGGCCGCCUCUUCCUCCACCUCGCCUCAGGCGCCUUCCACGCUCCCGUGCGAGUCCUUAAGACCCUCCUUGCCGAGUUUCACCACAGGAUUGUCGGGGGGACUUUCUGAUUAUUUCACACAUCAAAAUCAGGGGUCUUCCUCCAACCCGUUAAUACAUUAACCUCCAGGGGAGCCAAGACUGUAAGUGAACAUUUUACACACCUUUGCGUUGUAAAUGAUAGCGAAAGGAGAGCGAGCCAGAGCGAGAGAGCGAGCGAGCGCGAGCGAGAAAGAGCACGAGAGCCAGAUUAUUAAAAAAGAACAAAAUAGGAAGGAAAAACAAAAAAACAAAAACUCACCCAGGAAAAAAAAAGAGUCCAGGUAUUUUUUAUUAAGUUUCCCCCCCUCCCCCAUUUUCUGUACGUUUGUUCAUUUUUUAAAGGUUGUUUAUGAUUCCAAACCAGAGAGGCGAGUCAGCAAGAUGGGAAGAAUACCUCGUAGACAAUGCAUUUGGGAAGAAGGAAGGGAGUAUUAAUAUUAAAAUCUCGUAGGAUGUAUAUCUGAAAUGCUUUUGGCCAUUUUAAUUCCGGUAGGAAACGCCGGGCUGCUAGAUUUUCCAUGUUUGCAGUAUUAUAAGUUACCAUGAAUAUGUUGCUGGAUGCCGAUCGUGGGAAUAAAAAUACAAAAAUGGAUAAAUCCCUUGAUGCAAAUGGUCAUUUGUAUAAGGUGCAAAGCAAUUUGGCAGAGAAGUUCAAGAAUUACGUUUUAACUAUGGAUUCUUUUGUCCUCCACUUUUUAAAAAAAAGAGCUAUUUCCCCUUUCUUAUUUUUUUCCUCCUUUUUGUUUACUUUUAGACCAAAGAUUGGGUUUUUAGAAAAUGCACUCAGUAUGCGAAAUGUUUUCUUUUCUUUAAAAUAUGGAAUAUCAUACAUCAGAAUGAUAUAAUUUUCAGUUCUGCAGCACUGCCCAUUUCAGUGAAUCCGAGGGGACAGAAAAUCAUGAAUUGCCUUCAGUUUGUGUUGUGUAUAUUUAGAUGUAUGUGGUCACUAACAGGUCACCUUUAUUUUUUUUAAAUGUAGUGAAAUGUUAAUACCUAUUGUACUUAUAGGUAAACCUUGCAAAUAUGUAACUUGUGUUGCGCAAAUGCCGCAUAAAUUUGAGUGAUUGUUAAUGUCGUCUUAAAAAAAAACUUGAUUGUGAUACUGUGGUCAUAUGCCCGUGUUUGUCACUUACAAAAAAUGUUUACUAUGAACACACAGAAAUAAAAAAUAGGCUAAAUUCAUA